UACUGGACUCCUUUGCCAUUUUCUUUUGGAGUCAACCUUUUUCCUAACAUUGCAGCAACUUGGUAGUUGGUUAUCUGGAAAAUUUGGUUUUAGCUCGUAAUGGAGUCUGAUAAUGGUGAAAUGGUGUCAAAGAUGGAGGAUUAUGAGGUUGUUGAGCAGAUUGGAAGAGGGGCUUUCGGAGCAGCUUUUCUUGUUCUCCACAAGAUUGAGAAAAAGAAGUAUGUGCUGAAGAAGAUUCGCUUGGCUAAGCAAACAGAGAAGUUCAAACGUACGGCACACCAAGAGAUGGAGUUAAUUGCAAAGUUGGAUAACCCUUAUAUUGUGGAUUAUAAAGAUGCUUGGGUAGACAAGGGGGACUGUAUAUGCAUUGUCACUGGCUAUUGUGAAGGAGGAGACAUGGCCGAGAUGAUAAAGAAGGCCAGAGGAACAUUUUUCCCAGAGGAGAAACUCUGCAAAUGGCUGGCUCAAUUGUUGCUGGCUGUGGAUUACUUGCAUUCUAACCGAGUUCUUCACAGAGAUCUUAAGUGCUCCAACAUAUUCCUUACAAAAGACAACGACAUCCGUCUUGGUGACUUUGGACUUGCAAAACUACUUAACACAGAAGACCUUGCUUCUUCGGUUGUUGGAACUCCGAACUAUAUGUGUCCUGAGCUCCUUGCUGACAUACCCUAUGGCUAUAAAUCUGAUAUAUGGUCUCUUGGUUGCUGUAUGUUUGAAAUCGCCGCACAUCAACCUGCAUUUAGAGCUCCUGAUAUGGCUGGGCUUAUCAAUAAGAUAAACAGAUCCUCGAUUUCGCCCCUUCCAAUUGUGUAUUCCUCCACAUUGAAACAAAUUAUUAAGAGCAUGCUCAGGAAGAGUCCAGAGCAUAGACCAACAGCUGCAGAGCUGUUGAGGCAUCCACAUUUACAGCCCUACCUCCUUCAAUGUUGCAAUGCGUCUUCUGUUUUUCUUCCAGUUUACCCGCUAAACAACUCAAAGGACAAAACAAGAAAAACGCCGCCUAGGAAAGCAAGCAAUGGUAAACACAGCAGAGAAAAAGAGGCUGCUAUGGUUAAUCCGGUUGAAAGGGUUCAUCCGUUGGAGGGGAAUACUGAUGUGACGCCUAGAAACACGCCAAAUGAUGACAAACAACCAGUAUCCACAGCCAGAGCUGAAGACAAGCUUGAAACCAAGAGGGUUGAUCCUACUAGCUGUACAACCGAAUUAUCUAGUGCCACUGAUGGAUCUAAAGAUGGACCAGCUGAUUCUGAAGCAUCCGUUUCGAAUGGAUGUAAGCAAGCCGAUGUUCGGAGCAUGUCUCAUAAGGAAAGCACCGAGUCUGACAUCGAGGUUACAUCAGAAAGCACUCCAUACUCUCCACAUGAAGAGCAGGAAGAACCUGCUGUGACGGCUGCAAAAUAUCUUCAGCAGUUGCCAGAGGUUGAUAUCAAAACAGUGAAUGUAGAAGAUGGGAAGAUGUAUUUCAAUCAAGAGGGUCAGGAAGAAGCUGGAACAAAAGGAGAGCAGGGUGGUAAGGAAGAGGAAGAAAACUGCAAAGAACUGGAAAAAUUAAGCGCAGAAAGUACGGAUAAAGUUGUAGCACCCGAUGAUAAGUGUUCGUCAUCAGCUAAAUCCGAUGUGGAACCUCAAUGUUGCAUGGAGAAGGAAACUUCCAUCGAAUGCAUGGAAGGUGCUCACAUCGACUAUACAUCAUCCGAAAGCAAUAAUGUUAGUGUUCCUUGUAAAGAUGACCCAAGUGGAAAGGUAGAAACAGAAAGUUCUGCACAAGCGGAGAAAAAUGAAGGUCAAGCAAUUAACUUGUCACGCAGUGAGAUCUCGUUACUAAGUACACUAUCUGCUCUAGGUAUUGAUGGAGCCAAGGGCAUGUGGGAGAAUCCGAGUCAGCAAAGAGCCGACGCUCUAGAGUCCCUGCUUGAGCUUUGCGCACGGCUUCUUAAGCAGGACAAGCUUGAUGAGCUUGCUGGUGUGCUAAAACCGUUCGGGGAAGAAGUGGUUUCGUCUAGAGAGACGGCUAUCUGGUUGACAAAGAGCCUCAUGUCUGCUCAGAAGUUCAAUGGAGGAUCCUGAUUUUUGAAGAAGGGUUGUGCAAUAAUUUAUGAGCAAGAGUGGGAAAAGAAAAUGGUGUAUCUUGUUUCAGUCUUUUUAACAUAAACUGUGCGUCACCUGGAGUGCUUUUUGAUUGGAAAUAACAUGUAUUGCAGCUUGUAAUUGAAAAUUGGCUCUAGUGGAAAUGGAAUUAUAAUUUUUUUUUUCC